UUAAUUUGGAUGAUCCUUGGAGAAGAUUCCAAAUUGAACUGGAAUUUGUUCAAUGCCUUGGAAACCCUAAUUACCUGAACUGUACUAUUCUUUCACAACAGGGAUGUUUUGACAAGUCUGAAUUCAUUAACUACCUUGCCUACCUUCAGUACUGGAAAGAACCUGCGUACUCAAAGUACCUUCUGUAUGUCUAUUGUGGUGCUAUCGGUGAACUUUUAUAUUUAUAUAUUUUCAACAUCGCUCGUGCCCCGUCUGCCCGCUUUAUCGACGAUCAGGUUCUGCUCCAUUGGCAGAGCUAUCUGCGAAAGCGGUCAGAACUGAUCAGUAAGCAUAUUGAAAAACUGGGUGCUUCCACCAAUAUGGCCUAG